AUGAAGGUAUCUGCUGUGAAGGUAUUUGAUAAGAAGGUACUAAAUCACUUGGUAUUGUCUGUAGGGACCGCGGAGCAGAAUACAGUUUGCAAAAGGUGUCCAGAUGGGUGCUUCUCGAAUGAAACAUCAUCUAAAGCACCCUGUAGAAAACACACAAAUUGCAGCGCAUUUGGUCUCCUGCUAAUUCAGAGAGGAAACAUGACGCAUGACAAUAUAUGUUCUGGAAACAGUGAAUCAACCCAAAAAUGUGGAAUAGAUAUCACCCUGUGUGAGGAGGCAUUCUUCAGGUUUGCUGUUCCUACAAAGUUUACCCCUAACUGGCUCAGUGUCCUGGUAGACAAUUUGCCCGGCACCAAAGUCAAUGCAGAGAGUAUAGAGAGGAUAAAACGACGACACAGCUCACAAGAACAGACUUUCCAGCUGCUGAAGCUAUGGAAACAUCAAAACAAAGACCAAGAUAUGGUCAAGAAGAUCAUCCAAGAUAUUGACCUCUGUGAAAAGAGUGUGCAGCGCCACAUUGGGCAUGCCAACCUCACCUUCGAGCAGCUGAGCAGUUUGAUGCAAAGCCUGCCGGGGAAGAAAGUUGAAACAGAAGACAUUGAAAGAACAAUGAAGGCGUGCAAAUCAAAUGAACAGAUACUGAAGUUGCUCAGCCUGUGGAGAAUGAAAAAUGGUGACCAAGACACCCUGAAGGGCCUAAUGCAUGGACUGAAGCAUUUGAAAACAUACCACUUGCCCAAAACUGUCACUCAGAGUCUGAAGAAGACCAUCAGGUUCCUUCACAGCUUCACAAUGUACAGAUUGUAUCAGAAGCUGUUUUUAGAAAUGAUAGGGAACCAGGUCCAAUCAGUAAAAAUAAGCUGCUUAUAACCGGAAAUGGUCAUUGGGCUGUUUCCUCACAAUGAGCCAGAUCCGAUGGGUGUGUAAACUGUUUCUCAGGCACUUGAGCGGGUACAGUGAUUCCCUUCUCAUCACCAAUGACUAGAUUUUGCCCAGGGCACUAAAAGAAACCAUGGUGUGGAGAAAGAACUCCCCCAAAGUUUAAUCAACCCCAAAUAGUUUAUCCACCUGUCAGAUCUGGUCC